AAAACUCUGACGGCGUCACACAAAGCUGAUCAACGCCGCUGAGGGUUCGUACAUGUACUUUGCUCCUAAUUAUCAAAAUCACGUGGGAAGUAUAAUCACUCCUACUUAACCUGGUUCUCAAGCAGCUACUAUACUUAUAGUUUGCAUUACAAUUGGUUCGCCUUCUCUGUCUGCAAGAGUUGAAUCUUCAGAGAGUCUGUAUCCUUGAAUUAAGCUAUCAACCCCUCUUCAUGAGAACCAGAGAAGAAGAUAGAAGUCAAAUCUUUAUUCCAAGAGGUCGCUUCUCGAAUUCUGGUGAGUCAACAUCAAGGUUAUUUUAUGAAAAGAGUAGCAUACGUUUCGUCGGACUAGUGAUUAUGGCAAAGCAAAGCGAAUGAAGGGCUAAGAUGGCGUCAAAGUAUUGAAAGUGAAAGUAAGAAAAUGAUCGAGUUGUGUUCUUGUUGUAACGUCUCCAUCAGUUAGCAUAAUUUACGUGGAAGCAAAAUAGUAAAGCUUUAAGAGCAGCUAAUGUUUCAGAAUUGUGUCUUUCAUAUUUGGAUGUGAAAUAUCAUUAAAACAGCCACGUGUUUUAUAAAGCGUGACUCAACGUAAGCGUCGAAAGCCUUAACGAUCGUUCAAUAUACCACUCUUAAGGAAAUCAGCAGAGAAACUUUGCUUUCCACGUCUCCGGUUCGCUCACACUUUGAGAAAAUUUGCAAUUUAUCCGUUAGUGUUUGCCUUAACUGAGAAAAUGAUGAUUCACCGCUCUCAAUGAGUUUUAAAGUAAGAAAUGCCGGUCAAGUUGAUCAAUUUGUUCAAUAAUCGUAAGCUCAUAAUCGUAUCUUGAUGUCUUCUUGUCUUUCGCAUCAUGCUCUUUCCGAGUCAGAGCACUGAAGCAGAUUAUGCAAAGUGGUCUGUAGUUUCCGAUGUCACAAGAUAAUUUGGUAUUGAACAAUUAUUCGCCGGAAUUAUUAAAAAGUGUUCGCCGCUGCUGUCACGUCAUUCGCCUUUUGCGCCACUCUGACUGGUCGUUCACCGUUCGUUUGUCGAAAUUUCUCGGAUUACUGCUAAAAUACUGAAAAAUUUGUAUCGCUCACAAACAACGAACUUCAAAAUUUCUCAGAGGCGGAAGAAAAACAAAGUAGGCCAAGAACAACCAAAAGUUUGGUAUUCAGUGGCUUUAGUAAUGGCAUUUCUCACGACUGAGAACAAAAAUAGACAGCUGGAAGAUUUGCCACUGACCGAUUUUGGCCGUGUUCCUGGCAAAGAAAAAGUCUUUAAUUGUGAAUUCUGUGAAUUGAAAGUUAUCCCCUUUUUCGUUUUUGUUAUGAUUCAACGUAUUUUCCCAUCUUGAGGCUUAUCGCCGACAAUCGCCGACGUACUUUACGACUUUUUACGUGGGUUGUGGAUCCUAUGUUUUUCAUUUAUUAAUAACGUCGACUUUUCUUGUCAGGAAAGGCCUACUACGUUUAUCUAAAAGACAAUAGAAUAAAUGGUUGCUAGCAGAUAUGUAAUCAACUCUCUUCUCGUGUUCAAAUCGAUAUCUGACCCGUGAGCUAUCGAGUUGAACACUCGAAGAGAAAUUCCAUAUCUUCUUGUACCUAUGUAUUUUUCUCCAUUUAUCAACUGACAGAAAUGAUAAGGGGAAUUUGCAACCGUAAAGGGAUUCUAAAGGUGGCGUUUCAGAGCGAAUCCACUCUUAUGGAGGACUAACGCUCGCAAACAUGGUCAUCGAGAGGGGAUGCUAGGAAACAAAAUUUUAUUGCAUGGUGUUGAGUCUGUAAAUUACGACGUCAACUCUGCUUUUUUUCGCGAAGUAAAAAGUUUUAGAAUUAACACUAAUCGCUUUUCUGAGGUCAUUGUUGGAUUGUUUAAAUAAUAUAUUCCUAACUUAGAAAGUUUUACUCGUUGUUAUUGCAACUUGUAUGCGUUGUUUAUGUGUCCGUUUGCGUGUGAAGCUGAAUACACUGAUUUUGUAUUUGUAAUAUUGUAACCCCCCUCGUUAAGCCUAGGUGCUUUUGGGGAAAACAAUAAAAUAUAUAUUAAAAAAAAAAUAAAAAACCCUCGUAAGGUCAGUUGUAGAACAUCUCUACGGUGGCCAAUUCAUAUCAUUUUAAUUGAUGAAACCAAAUUAUCUUGUAACACCCUUCACUGACGUAGCAUCGCAAUUUCUUUAGAAACUCACCCCCUUUAUUCGUUUAUGUUGACAGGAAUAUAUAUUUAAUUAACUUAGGAAUUUGUAAAGGGUGACGGAAUUUAACUCGAUCGAGCGUGACAUAAGGGAAUGAAGGAACGAGAAGUCGUCUAACUAUUGAAAAUAAAGGUAAGAACUGAUAGAAAUGUGUGUCCUUGUCAUCGGCAGCUGAUCGAUUAUGAUAUUUUUCAAGAGUUAGCAUGGUUGAAUUUCAAAUACAAAUAGAGCCUUUACGAGCUACAUAUUUAAACUAGCUAAAAGCUGAUUCAGCGAAGGCGAGGAGAAUGAUGGUUCAUUGUACCACGUCACGAUGAAGUUUUUUCUUUCUCUGUUUUAUCAUUUUGUGUAUUUUAUUUGUUUUUGUUUGUCUUUUUUAUGGCCCAUUUCUGCGGAACAUUUGCGCGCUGAGAAAAAAUCCCAUCGCUGCUCAUGGAAAAAAUCACAACGUACGAGUGAUUGCUUCAAAUUUAUCAAGCGACUUGACGCUGAUAUCUGCAUGAGUUAAUAAAAUGACGACCUGGUCCAUACGGGCAGGAAAAUGAUGUCGGUUUUUUUUAAAUAUGUUUUUUCAUUUUAUAUCUUUACCUGUUAGAACAUUUGUCAUAUGAUGAUGAGCGGAAGCAUCAGUGGUUCGAAGGGUGGAAAAUGGACGAGUCAGUUACGCACAUAUUUUUACACAGAAAAUGGCAAGAUCGAAGUUAACCGCUACUCGCUGCAAAAAUGUGUGGAAGACCUGCAUAGGAUUACGAACAGCGAGGAGAUACAAUAUAUUGGUAGUUAUCGAUGCCCUCUUGUCGAAAACAUAGAGGAGAGCCUGUUCGCCUAUCAUCAGUUUUUAGUGAUUGAAACAACUAAUUGGUAUUGGUCGAUCGGAAAGGAUUCAGAAAAGAUUCUCCUGCAAAGGUCGAAAAGAAAGGAUUGUGUAGAGAAGUGUAAAGAGGGUCAACCUAGGUAUACACCAGUAACGAUGAUCGAUGAAAACGAGGGGAGAGGAUCUAUGAGAGAUUUGAUUAAGUUUAUUUGUGGAAAUGAACUUGACAAAACGUAUAAUCUAUUAGACGAUAAUUGUCAACAUUUCGCAGAAAGGUUGUUUAACCAGUUUAAAAAGCCAAGCCAAGGCACGAGAAGCCCAAAUUCCACUUUCCCACUUAUUCUUGUCGGUUCAUUUCUUAUUGUAUUAUUGAUUGUAGCCAAGUAUAAACAGAAAUUUUAAUAUUUCUGUGAAAAUUAUCAUCAAAAUGUGUCGACUGUAGUUAUCUCUAGUUUGCAAAAGCGAUUCAAGAUCGACAGCCAAUCUUUUUUUGACAAAAGUCAUUGUUUGUACAGACGUUUAUCAUGUUUUCUUUCUUGGCUCAAUCGCUACCACUGCCAGUGAAUCAAAGGUCCAUAGAAACUGGUUGCCACCUUAAUCUGUUUUGGGUUAUUCUCAUUGCUACCUCUAGGCGUAGCCUUCUGGCUCUUCCCCGUCUUCUUGUGCAUCUGUUACUUGAACGCCCUUGUCUCAUCUCUCUCUGUGGGUUCCACCCCCGCUUAAGUUAUGUCCCCUUAUUUUUUAGUUUCCCGAAGGUGUUCCCAAUCAAACCAAACGUGCACCCUCUAAUCAUAGUUACUGCGAUUCUGAAUUUGUCGUGACUGAAGACUUACUGG